CAACCCCCUUUGUGCCAUAAGCCCAUAACCCCAACCCGUCUCAAGGUACCAAUACUUCACUUCACCACUCACAUACAAAUGGGCACUCUCCCUCAGACACAGGAGCAAACCAUCCAAGAUGCUUGGGACUAUAAGGGUCGUCCAGCAGAGAGGUCCAAAACUGGUGGUUGGACUUCAGCCGCCAUGAUCUUAGGAAUAGAAGGAUGCGAAAGGUUAACAACACUCGGCAUCGCCGUCAAUUUGGUCACAUACCUCACCGGUACCAUGCAUUUGGGCAAUGCUUCCUCUGCCAAUGUUGUCACCAACUUCAUGGGAACCUCUUUCAUGCUCUGUCUCUUCGGUGGCUUUCUAGCUGACACUUUUAUCGGAAGAUACCUCACUGCAGCCAUUUUUGCAACUGUUCAAGCAACGGGUGUUACAAUCUUAACGAUAUCAACCAUAAUCCCGAGCCUGCAUCCUCCUCGAUGCACAGUGGGCACGUCAAAAUCUUGCGAGCCUGCAAGCACCACGCAGCUAAUGCUUCUCUAUUUAGCUCUCUAUACAAUAGCUCUUGGCACCGGUGGUGUGAAAUCGAGUGUCUCAGGAUUUGGUUCAGACCAGUUCGAUGAAACAGACGAAGGGGAGAAGAAACAGAUGGUGAAGUUCUUCAACUGGUUCUUCUUCUUCAUAAGCUUAGGGUCUCUUGCUGCGGUGACGAUUCUGGUAUACAUUCAGGAUCAUUUAGGCAGGGAUUGGGGUUAUGGGAUAUGCGCCACGACGAUUCUGGUGUUCCUUGUGGUGUUCUUGGCGGGGACGAGGAGGUACCGGUUCAAGAAACUGGCGGGGAGCCCGCUGACUCAGAUUGCGGUGGUGUAUGUGGCGGCUUGGAGGAAGCGGCGGUUGGAACUGCCGUCUGAUCCGUCGUUGCUGUUCAACGUUGAUGACAUGGAGGAUGAGACGCUCAGGAAGAAGAAGCAGAUGUUGCCGCAUAGCAAGCAGUUCAGAUUCUUGGACAAAGCAGCAAUAAAGGAUCCAAAAACAGACGGCGAAAUCAGAGGGGAGAGGAAGUGGUAUCUAUCAACCUUAACAGAUGUGGAAGAAGUGAAACUGAUCCAAAGAAUGCUUCCCAUAUGGGCCACCACCAUCAUGUUCUGGACAGUAUACGCCCAAAUGACAACCUUCUCCGUCGCACAAGCCACCACCCUCGACCGCCACAUUGGAAAAUCAUUCAAGAUCCCAGCGGCAUCCCUAACCUUAUUCUUCGUCGGAAGCAUCCUCCUAACUGUUCCCGUCUACGACCGCAUCAUCGUCCCCAUCACGAAAAGACUCCUCAAGAACCCCCAAGGGCUGACCCCGUUGCAGCGCAUCGGGGUCGGAUUAGUUUUCUCAAUCUUCGCCAUGGUGGCAGCAGCAUUGACCGAAAUCAAGCGCCUACACGUGGCGCAUGCGCAUGGUUUGGUGGGACAGCCAGACUUAGUGCUUCCUAUGAGCGUGUUCUGGCUGGUCCCACAAUUCUUCUUUGUGGGGUCAGGAGAGGCGUUCACUUACAUAGGACAGUUGGACUUCUUCCUAAGGGAAUGUCCCAAAGGGAUGAAAACCAUGAGCACUGGUUUGUUUCUAAGCACACUCUCGUUGGGGUUUUUCUUUAGUUCCAUGUUGGUGACACUGGUGCACAAGAUGACGGGGCACCGCCAGGGUUGGCUUGCGGAUAACCUUAAUCAAGGGAAGCUUGAUGAUUUCUAUUGGCUCUUGGCGGUUCUGAGUGGUGUGAAUUUGGUGGUGUUUUUGUUUUGUGCUAAGUGGUAUGUGUACAAGGACAAAAGGCUUGCUCAGGAGGGCAUAGAGUUGGAGGAUCAAGACACUGCUGGCCAUGCAUAGUUUUUUUCUUUCUCAGUAGUGAACUGUAACAAAAUUGAAUAAUGUAUCUUCUAGUUUUCAAAUAAUAUUAAAUAGUUUUUAUGAAGAA